AUGCUCCGCGACGAGCUGCUCCGGUCUAAGAACGAUGAGAUCGCACGUUGUCUGUUGUCGCGAAAGCGCAAACUGAGCGAGCUCUACUUUGCGACCGUGGGCUUUACGGGCGCGACCGGGGGCGCUCCGGCCGACGCUCUGUAUCAGCAAAAAGAACAAACGUUCCUCGACGCCAACGACCUCUCCAAAGGACGAUAUUUCAACGAAGCAACUCUUCCUCCGUUCCCAGACUAUGCGACCGUCGCAACGCCCUCUGAACAACAAGAUUCCGAACCAGCCACCACCAACCCCACCGUGCAAGCUGGAUUAACCUCACAAGAUGCUGUCGAACCGGCUGUGUCGCCUGCUGUGAAUUCUGUACUGUCGUCCAAUGUCGCCGAAACUCGACAACAUGCGAUCGAGGGCGCGAAUCAAGCAAUCGAAGGACAGGACAGGAUUGUCGCCAUUGGUGCAGGCGAUAUACAGCCUCCCGGCGCCGUUACUUCAGGAGCGUCUGCGGUUCCCCAGGGUCGCGAAGAAAAGCCAUCUGCUGGCUCGCAACCUAUCCCAUCUGCAGCUUCGGGGCUAUUGAAUGUGGCAGUAUCUGAGACUCCUUCGAGUACCGACGACCCUGGCGCGACGGCGACGGUGGCAUCUCCAACACGUCCUCAAUUGGCACCGGUGCCAGGUGCGGCUGUGUCGAAGGCGCCUGAUGUCCCCGUCUUGCACAAGAAGCAUGAUAAACGACCAUCACUGGCACUAGGUCCAGGCUCACAUUUACCGGAACAACCUCUUUCUCCGGCGUCUUCUGUUGGUCCCUACUCCAAUAAUACUUCACACCAGACGGUGCUUUCUCCAGAGACUAGCCCUGGUGAGGAGGCUGCCGAGACAAUCGUCGGUACAGUCAAAUCAUCUAAAGCUGUAGCGCUUCCUAGCCCUAAACCAGAUACAUCUAUUCAACCUCCAUCGACUUUAGUUCCUUUGACACCUGACGAGCAACUCAAGUUGGAGGAGGCCCAGUCUUUGCUGCACCAGAAAACCGUGGCUCCAGAUAACGUUAUAGGAGACCAUUCUGGGACCGGCGCCCAUCCUUCUUCGAACGAGGUCAUCCAAGAGAGUGUGGUAUCGCCGUCAACGGCGGAGUCAGCGCCCCGUAAACCGCAGGAAGGGCCUGAAGAAACCACUAUCUCACCCUUGUCACCAAAACACAAAAAAGCGGAUGCGGUAUCUGCGUCCGCAAUGGAGGCAGCAGCUCGCGGGCAGCAGCCGUCCGAAGGUACACCCACCGUUUCACCAACAGAGAAGCCAACGCAAAUUGUUGCGACGCCCUCAGGCACUAAGAAGGCUCCUCUCGGGGCAUCUGCCACGCCUCAGCUGGAACGGAUGACGACCAGAGUGUCGUCGGGCGCUAUCCGCCAUAAAUCGGUAUCGGAAAUCUUGGGAGAGACACCGAGAACACAGAGUUCUCAGGCUGAUUCGACCAGGGCUACUUCUGCGAUUGACUCUCUUUCCCCAGUAUCCGAUAAAGAUACUCCGGGCUCAGCUGCUCGGUUGCGACUUAAGGAUCGGAAGGCAAGGGAGAAGGAGCGCAGUAAGCUGUCAACUGUGGUGUUUCCUAAACAACAAACGGAGAAGAAUGAUACGAUGGAUCUUGUACGACAAAAUGCUGGAGAUCUGAUAGCAGGUUUAAACGAAGAAAAGGACUAUCUGUUCACCCUUUUCCAGAACAAAGCCUACUCGCCUCCUCGAAGUAUCAACCUCAGUACGCUUCUUGCGUCUGCUCAUAAGACGUUAUCAACCGGAAAUCAUGUCCUUGACUAUGAAGAACAGAUGAACUGUCGUACGCUACGUCGCAUAUACUCCCUUCAAAAUGCGAACAGAUGGCCUCUGCGGCAACUAAAGCGUUCUGUCGAACCUACACGAGCGGCGACCCAUUGGGACGUUCUUCUGGAUCACAUGAAAUGGAUGCGAACUGAUUUCCGUGAAGAACGGAAGUGGAAAAUUGCUGCUGCGAAGAGCUGUGCUGACUGGUGCGCUGAAUACGUUAACAGCGAUCUAGCACACAAAGCACUGCUCCGUAUUCGAGCAAGGAUUCCGUCGCGUACUGUUAAGGAAGCAAGUGCCGAGUCACAGAGCGUCGACCCGGCUACAAAAGAGGAGCCGAUUGAUAGUUCGGUGCUCUCGCAUCCCACUCCGGAGUUGAUUCCCUCCACUGAAGAUGACUCUCUCAGCGAGGGAUUCAACGAUGAACCCCGGCAUGACCUGCAUGAUACAGUUGCACCAGCUGCAAUCUUUUCUCUAGGUUCAGAUGAGUUUACGUUUUCGAUAGACAUGACCCCGGCCGCUGAAAAGAUCCUUGACGAACUUCCCAUAUAUGCUCCCGUGGCUAUUGCUCCAGAUACGAAGCUUCCCUUGUUCAAGGCGCCGCCAGAUGCUGCAUGGAAGACGGAUAUCCUCCCCGUGUCCAAAUAUGCAAUGGGCAAGAUCGAGUUCCGCGAUGACGAGCCUGUCAGGAAACGGAGUAGGUAUGAUUAUUCUCAGUACUCACGCGAAGCCGACAGUGAAGUUGUGGAUAUGCCGCCCGAGCAGACAAACGUUGCUCUCUUCCGCCCAGAGAACAAGCAUAUUCGGGACCGAAUUCACCCUGGAUAUUCUUUCCGCCCUCCAACAGAACAUCCCAUGCCGUCAUUAGGAUUCUUCGAAUCAAGGCAGUCAUCUCAGUGGACAUAUGCGGAGGAUGACGAGUUGCGCCGUCUGGUAAAAGAAUACUCGUACAACUGGUCACUCAUAUCCAGCUGCCUUACCCCGCCUUCCCUCUAUACGUCAGGCGCUGAACGACGCACGCCCUGGGAAUGCUUUGAGAGAUGGAUUGGGUUAGAAGGGCUGCCGGCUGAGAUGUCCAAGACUCAAUACUUCCGAGCUUACCAGCAGCGGCUGGAGACGGCUCAGCGCACAGUCCUUGCCCAACAGCAAGCUGCUCAGCAACAACAGCAACAAAGCAAUAACUCGCAGCCGCAGGCGCCCGUUCGUAGGAGGACUACACAACCUGUCAGAGUCGACCGCCGGCGUGCUUCGAAACACCUUGCUCUUCUUGAUGCUAUGCGGAAACUGGCAAAGAAACGGGAGACUAUGCUGCAGAAGCAGCAACACGCGACACAUCUGGCAUCAUUGAGGAAGGCCAAUGAAGCGAACCAGCCUAAGCCUCCUAUCUCCUCCCCGGCCGAUUUCAGCAAACUGAAGUACGAGCGCGAAAUGAAGCUUCAGGAGAGACAGGAACAGUACCGGCAGCAGAUGAUUGCGCAGCAACGAGCAAACCUUGCUGCGCAGCGUGCCGGUCAACUGCCCAAUCAGCAGCCUAUGAUGAAUGGUGCCCCAGGCCGCGCUCCGAAUGCAAUUCCUCCUAAUGGUGGUAGUCCUAGUUUGCCUGGCGCUGUUCCUAAUGGCAUGCCAAAUGGACUCCCUCCUGGCAUUGGGGUUAACCAAGGCCGACCUCAUCCUAUCCAGGGAAUGCCCAAUGGCACGCCUAUGAGCGGCCCUAUGCCACCCAAUGCUAUGGCGAUGAAGAUGAUGCCCCAGGGCGGAAUGCAGCAACCGAUGGCUGCACGGCCCGGGAUACCCAUGCAAGCCUCUCCAGACAAUGCUAGAGUUAUCCGCGAGGCCAACCGGCUGCAAGAACAGCAACGAAUCCUGCAGUCUCGUCAGCAACAACAACAGCAGCUUCACAACCAGCAACAGUAUGGACAGCAGGGAACCCAUCCACCCAAUGUCAAUCUGACAAACCUCAAUGGGAGCCCGAAUAACCCGGCAAUGCUGGCGGCUCUGCAGGCCACAGGCGGCAUGCAAAGUCCUCCGUUCCACAACGGUACUGGUCAAGGGGUCUCGACAGCUUCUCCUCGCAUGGGUCAGCCCAACCCUCUUUCAAGCGGUGUGGUUCCUACAAUUAGCAGCAUUCAGAGCCAAAUUCAACGAAGCAAUCCGAACAUGGCUGCUGACCAGGUGAACAAGCUUGCCACGGAUCGUCUCCAUCAGUAUCAGCAACAGCGCAUGUCGCAGGUAGCUAUGAAUGCGGCUGCUGGUAACAUGGGAGCUGUUCAAUCAAACUUCCAGGUCCCUCAUGAUGGGAAUUUCCAAAGCGCCUCACAGCCCGGUAUUCCCAAUGGCACACCUGGUAUGCAGAACCCCCAGACACAGGGUUAUUCACCUAUGAUGCGCGUUCCUCAGAAUGCCCAACAAAACCGUGUGGGAGUUGGAAGCUCACCUGCGUUGAAUGGUGCAGCACCCCAGCAGAGCAGGAGUGCAACACCGCAGACUCAGCGCAGUGGCAGUGUUCAGGCUGGCCCCGUACCCGGUUCCAGCAAGAGCCCCAGGCCCCCGCAAGCCCAAAUGGCAAACAGCUAG